UUGUUAAUAACUAUUAAUAACUAUUAAUAACUGUUAAUAAUUGGAACAAAAUGGCGGAUUCUUCUGGAGGAGAAGAAAGGCAGCCACCUGGUGAGGUACUGAAUGAGAAGUUUAGCGCUUUUGUGAAGUUUGCAUCAACUUCAAUAACAAGAGCCAAACAAUUCACUGUUGAGAAGUUAGGAAGAGCCGAGAGUGUCACUAGUUAUGAUGAUCAGUUCGAGAGCUUAAGUGUGAAAAUUGAUCAGAUCAAAUUAAACACAGAACGAAUCAUUGACACACUAGAAUCAAUGAUUCAACCUAACCCAAAUAUACGACUGGAGGAGGCAGUGUACAGUAAACUGGACCGAGUUCAACCUCACCGAUCAACAGGACAUGAGCUGUUGGGGGUGGAGCUUUCUAGAGCCGGAAAUGAGUUUGGACCAGAAACACAAUAUGGAGGGUACCUGGUGAGGUGUGGGGAGGUGGAGAGUAAGAUUGGAUUAGCCGAAAGACGCUAUCAGAACACAAUAAAGACUGAUGUACUGACACCACUGAAGGCUUUCCUUGAAGUGGAUUUAAAGACACUUUUAAGAGAAAAGAGAAACCUGGUUGUGUUACGAUUGGAUCUUGAUGCUGCUAAGGCGCAGGCUAAGAAAGCUCAAGGAGACAAAGUAUCACAAGCUGAAUCCAACCUGAGGUCCAUUCAAGCCGAUUAUGAUAGUAAAAUGGAGAAAGUUCGUGGGAGUAUGGAACGGAUAGUGCAGACUCAUGUCAACAACAUGGGCCACAUCAAGGGGUACAUAUCAACUUUGAAGUCGUAUUAUACCGACUGUAUGACCUACCUGGAUGACAUUGGGACUGAAAUGUCCCCUCCUGUCGUUACCAGUAGUGAUAAUGAGGAUAUUCUCUCUCAUUAUGAUGUUGAUAAAAGUGAGGCAAAGAAGGCUAGAGUCCUUUAUGAUUAUGAAUCAGAGGAAACUGACAAUCACUUGUCAUUACUUAUUGAUCAGGUUAUCACAGUGUAUCCAUUGAAAGAUGAUGGUGAUUAUUAUUUAGCUCAAGUUGGUGACACCAUUGGGAAGGUCCCUGCUGCUUAUCUUGAACUAAUUUGAUUUUUAUAAAAAUUAUAAUUAAUAAUGAGCUUGCCAUUUUGAGUGAAAAUACUUUGAAUUUUAUAGUGAGUUUGUGUGUGAAUUAUGAAUUUAAUUAUGUGAUGUAAGGCACACAUGACAACCGUU